AUGCAGGAUUCGGGCUGCGUGUUGCUCGGCAGCUUGGCCGUGAGCCUGCAUACACAUAUGAGGGAAAAAUUUUUCUUGACAACUACGUAUGCGCUCGGGUCUUGGAAGCUUAAGAAGAAGGACGUCUGGGCUCUUGAUGGCGAUCGCGGAAAACGCGUUGGAGCGCUUGGGUUGACAAAUCUUUCGCCGACCGCACUGAUCAUCCAACGCGUUGCCGAACGCUUCGCUAUGGCGGUGAACUAG